GAAGAAUACGGCAUGGAUACUUUGAGUCCUACCAGCUGGGAUCAUCUCAUCAAUAAGAUUUUAUACGAAAGGGAUUCUUACGACAAAUUCAUCAGGAACAGCAAUCGCCAAGAUAAUUUUAUAUGCGAGGGAAAAUGCCGUUUUGAGUCAUUAUGCUUCCUUCGUAAAGGACAUCACAAUGAAACGUUGUGCAACCACAUCGCUUCCGGAAGCAGUUUCUGGCAGCGUAUCCAAAAGAAAGCUAGGUUGUUGCUACCCAGUAGAUUGGGAAGUGGUGCACGGCAGUCGCUGAAUGGUUCAGCACCACGGGGAGCAAAUGUUUAUGCUCGAAGGCGGUGGUUGCUUUGGAAGAAGAAACAUGAAAAGUUUGUGAAAAAAUUGCGAAGGCAUUUUUUGAAAAAAUUCAUGCAGUUAUUUUCGCUAAAGGAUGAAGAUGCGCAAGAAUUUUGA